UCUAGCAUUGUGAUGCUCAGACACAACUUUCCUUUGAACACAGGAGGGAGCCAGUAUCCUGUCUAUGUAUAUUCAAUCCUCCACUCAGCAGUAAAUUGCUUCUGAAAUGAGAAUACCUUCCAACUUCAUUCACUCCUGUUCAUUACCGAUAGCAGGGGCAAUGGAGGAAGCAAUUGGUCUGAACAUAGAAGGUGUGAAGAAGAAAAUUUAUCAUGGUGGCACAGGAGACCUGCCUAGAUUUAUCACUGGAUCAAAGGUGACAUUCCAUUUUCAGACCUUAAAAUGUGAUAAUGAUAGAACAGUGCUCGAUGACAGCAAGAAAGUGGGAGUUCCAAUGGAAAUUGUUAUUGGUAACAUGUUUAAGCUGGAGGUAUGGGAGAUGCUGCUCGCCUCAAUGAGGAUUAGUGAAGUGGCUGAAUUCUGGUGUGACGUCACACACACUGGCUUGUACCCGCUUGUUGCUAAGAGCUUGCGGCGGAUUGCAGAAGGAAAGGACCCAACAGACUGGCAUAUGCAUACCUGUGGGCUGGCAAAUAUGUUUGCUUACCAUACAUUGGGUUAUGAAGACCUGGAUGAGCUGCAGAAAGAGCCGCAGCCUCUAAUAUUUGUUAUUGAACUUUUGAAGGUGGAAUCUCCCAGUAUGUAUAAAAGGGAGACCUGGGCACUUAACAAUGAUGAAAAACUAAAAGCUGUACCAAUCCUGCAUGGAGAAGGGAACAGGCUGUUCAAGUUGGGACGCUAUGAGGAUGCAACCAACAAGUAUAGAGAAGCUCUCAUUUGCCUAAAAAAUUUACAGACCAAGGAAAAGCCCUGGGAGGUGCCUUGGAUGAAGCUGGAAAAGAUGAUCAACACCUUGAUUCUGAAUUACUGCCAGUGCCUGCUUCGCAUGGAGGAGUAUUAUGAAAUUUUGGAACACACAUCUGACCUCAUCCAACACCACCCAGGUUUGGUGAAAGCUUAUUUCCUUCGGGGUAAAGCUAAUGCAGAAGUGUGGAAUGAAGCAGAAGCAAAAAAGGAUUUUGAGAAAGUCGUAGACCUAGAUCCAACUAUGAGCCGUCAAGUGAAGAAAGAAAUAAGAAUGCUGGAGACAAGAAUGCAAGAGAAGGAAGAGGAAGAAAAACUGAAGUAUAAAAACUUAUUUCAAUAGAAAAAAGGAAAUCUUCCCGACACUGCAUGUUAUACUGACAUCUUUACCGGAUACACCAAUGACAAGCUCUUUUCUAACACCAACUUAAUCCAAUUUGCUAAUUAUUUUGUUGCUGUAUUGUAUGGUCACUGUUAUUUUCACAGCUAUGUGAGAAACUGAAUACAAAGAUCUGAUCAGAUUUAUCAAUCCUAGCACACUGGUGAUAUGUCUGCCACUCUCUCCCCCAGUGUUGUAGGCACCGGAUUUAUCAACAGGACACAAUGCCAGGUUGAACACUGCACUUACCAAUGUUGAAAAAUGUAAAUAAAUUGGUCAUGCUUGAUGCUACUCUUAAGUUCCACCCACUUUUCCCUACAUAUUACUAUUUGGUCAUUGGCAUAAACACAGGAUUUUGGUAAUUUUUCUUAAAAACACCAACAACACAGGCAGUACUGCAACAGUACCACUAAUAAAGCACCGUAAAGGGGUACUCAUGUGGAAAACUUAUUUUUUUUUAAAUCAACUGAUGCCGG